GACAGACAGACACACAGACAGAGAGACAGACAGACACACAGACAGAGAGAUAGGGAGACAGACAAACAGACAGACACAGACAGAGAGACAGACAGACAGAGAGAAAGACAAACAGACAGACAGGACAGACAGACAAACAGACAGAGAGACAGACAAAAAGACAGACAGACAAACAGACAGACAAACAGACAGAGAGACAGACAGAGA